CCGAGUUGGCUUGGUGUACUGUAUUUAUUUAAAACGGCUUUUAACAUGGGCGGGUUGAAGGUGGCUGGAGGCAGCUAGCAGUUAGCUAACGUUAAAGCCGGUUAAAGCAUGACACAUUGUAUCUAACAGGAGGAAUGGUUUCAUCUACUGUUUGACACCAUGAGAUAUCUAACUACUUAUAAGACUUGAUAGUAGGAUUCAGUCUGUCAGUGUGAGCUAUCUUAAUGUGGACAUUUGUUACAUUGUUUUAUGUCAUGCCCUCAUUUAGACAAAGAUCUGAUCUGCUCUAUGUACUGAUGUCUAACGAUGGCUUUCACACAGUAUAUGGUACAAACUGCAGGGUGGAUGAUAUAACCUGAAGGAACAGUAUCCAGAUUGUAUGUUCAUUUCACUCAGCUAUAAGUGAUUCAACAAUUGCAUCAGUUGACUGUAAUGUGCCUUUUAGACUGGAAAAUUAAGUUAGUUAAGUGCUCAUAUCAUAUUACAGUUUCAUUAGUAGUUAAUCUGCACAUUAUUUUUAUAUGUAACAACUAAUAACUCAGUCUAUAAUAUGUCAGAAAAUAGUGAAAAAUGUCCAAAUAACUGCCCAAAGCUCAAGGUGAUGUCCUCAGAUAUCUCCAUCCCGAAGAUAUUCAAUUGACAAUGAAAUAAAUCAGAAGAAAGCAGCACGUUUUCAUACUGAAGAGGCUGGAACAGGAUGUUGUCUGUCUUGAAAAGUGACUGAAAUUAUUCAUUGAUUGUCAAAAUAGCUGCCACUUCAUUUUCUGUCGAUCACUUAUACACUUGUUUCUGCUCUACAUAAUAUCCUAAUAGUCAUAAUGGCCAGUCACAUGUCACAAUAUUGAUAAGAGAUAGUCUAGUUUAGAUUUAAUGUUGAGUUUAUGCCACAUUCUAACCUACCUAAUAUAGUAUGUACGUGGCAUCAGAAGUACUGUAGUGAUUUCUGUCUUCAGACUGCUUUCCGAUAUAUCAAUAAGCAUGUUAAUAUUAGUUUACUGCAGUCUUUUCCCAUCAACAGCUAAGGGGAAUUUAAAUGUUAUAUUGUAUACUUCCACUGUAAUAAGAUCAAUGAUCAUAUUGAAGCGGCGGCUUGUUGAGGUCUAAAGCCUGUCUACAAGUUAGCCGACACAUCUUCCUCCACUUUACUCAGAUAGACUGAGACAGCAGGACGAAGUGAAGCUCAUUACAAUGAGACACACAGGCAGUGAUCUUCCUGUCCUCUAAGACCAGAUUUAGGGAAGCGGGUUGCCAUAGAGACUGCGGUGCCCUGCUGUGUGCCACUCUCUCAUGUUCUUACUGUCUCUGCCAGGUACCAAACAUGGAGAUGGAUUUUACGCCUUUUUAAAGUCCUAUUUAGUCAGCCAACAGGCUGUCUGUGCAACGAGCAGAGGUGUUGCUGCAUGUGUCCUCACAGGGUGGUACAUUUUUCAUAUUUAUUUUCUCUUCCACUUACAUCAUGGUGUUGAUCACGGUAGCCAUUGCAUCCUGAUUGUUUAACUCGAUCUGUAUUUCUGACUGGGAUUUUGUUAGCUCUGUUUUUUCUGGAUUAACUGCUCUCUUUUUGAUAUCUGCCAUGAGGAAAUCCAGCAGAUUUUCUGGUAGUACCAAGUGUAGCCUGUUUAAUCACCAAUUACAAUGCUGAUUAGAGGUCUGGAACAGAUGUCAAAUGUAUGGGAGCCCAUUUCUGCCAGCAAAAAAAAAAAAAAGAAAGAAAGAAAAAUGUUUGGAAUUACAAAUAUAAAAAUAAUCAAAAUUAUAUGAUACUAAAUCAGAAUUAUGAGACCGAGUGCGUUUUCAAAUCUGUGUUGUGCGUUUGCCCUUUUGGUACAAUUAUUUUUGGUGUAGACGUGAUCCAACCUCAAUCUGACCCAACUACAAGAAUACGUUUGAAAAUACGUGAUCACAUAAUAACUAAAAGUCUGACUUUGUGUUUCAUACAGAGCUGAAGGAUUAGUCCAUUAAUCGAUCAACAGAAAAUUUAACAGCAACAAUAAUGAUUUGAAUGAUGAUUUUCAAGCAAAUAUGUUCUGGUUGCAGCUUCUCACGCGUGAGAAUUUGUUGCUUUUCUUUGAAUUGAAUAUAUUUGGGUUUUGGGUUUUGGACCGUUGGUAGGACAAAACAAGCAUUUUUAUGACUUUGUCAACUUGCCUUCUGGGAAAUUGCAGUGUGGAUUUCUUCAUAUAUUAUAUACCAAACCAACUUCUAAUUGAUUAGUAGAGCAGUGGAGAAUGACAAGAGAUGCAUCGGUUUCAUUCCAGUAAUUUUUAAAACAAGAAAGCCAAACAUUAUCUGUGUUAGCGUCUUAAAUGUGAGAAUUUCUUUUUUGUCAGAUAUGAUAGUAAUAUAAAACUAUUUGGGUUUUGGCCUGAUAUUUGGAUAAAAGAGGGAAUUGUAAGAUUCAUCUUGGACUUUAGAAAUUAUAAUGGGAAUCUGUCAUUUGUUUUUAUUUAUUUUCUGACAUUUUUUAUACAAUAUACAGAAUAAUCUGCAGAUUUAUGGAUUGGAAUAUUCAUUGCAUUAACAAUGACCCAUGACUUUUUUAACUUUUUAUCAAUUUGUUUCCUGGCAAAACAGGGCUUCCAUACAUCUGUGUAGAGUAAUUACAUUAAUGUUAUCGAAUUAAUGUGGUCAUGAUUUAUUAAUGUUGCACCUUUUAAUGAAUGGAAAACCUAUCUGUGUCAUCAUGUCUGACCUUGACAGAUGGGACAUGAGUCACAUGUUUCUCUACAGGGUAUAGUUGGAUCACUUUUUGCAGGUACAAUCUUUUUUAAUGUGUCUGCAAAACAACAAGAAUAUAAAACGAGGUUUGCAGUGGUCAAGUAGCAGAUUGAUAGAAAGAGGACAGAUUGUUUGCAGGCUUCACUGUUAUGUCUAUUAAAGGUCCAGGAUUAGCAUCUCUCAUUAUUAAUGCCAUGCUAUUUGGGAGAACCUGAACAAGCCUUAUCUGUGAAACUAAUACUCACUUUCAUGAAAUGAUGCCCUGGAUCAGGUAGCCACUUUAUUUCCUUCUUAAGACAUUCAUCCCUUUGCAUUUCCCUCUUAUAAGGUUACCACUCUGCAUCUCCCCUGCAUGUUUCUAAGAGGUUUUUGGCCUGGAGACGUGGAUUUGCUGUGAAUUAUUUACAGGAGAAGUUUAUUUGUCAGAGCUGAUGGGGGUAGCUCAUUACCUGAGAGCCACUGUCCUUGUUUCCUAUAACGUGUGUCACACAGAAGAUGCUUUCACCGAACUUGAAUGACUAGUGCUUUCUAGGAAAGAGAGCACUUUAUUGGUGUACGAGUCCCUUGUCCUGCCUUCUGCUUCUUCUCUCGUAUCUGGCUCACUAGCCAUCCGGUUGGUGAACUUUUCAGAUACACUCAAAGCUCUCACACCUUCUCCUUAAGGACGCAGAGAUGGCAAUGGAAACCUCGGCGGUCGUCCGGCUACGCUACGAAGAGCUGCUGUUUUACGCGGCUUGCGUUUGUAACUGCUGGUGUCUGUUUCUGUGUGUUUGUGUGUGUCUGGAGGGCAGAGUGUGUAGGAGAGGAGGUGGCGGUGGCAUGCGUGUGGGCAGCAGCUGGAGAUGGCAGCUGUCGCGGGCCAUGCGACUAGCACUGCGCUGGUGCCGACUCUGCCGCCCACAGAGGGGAGGCCGAGGCGCAGGGGCCAAGCCGUGGAUCAGAGGCAGGGUUUUGGAGCUGUGGAGCUACAGCAAGCUACUGCUGAAGUCACUGUACUUCAACAGCCUCACCAACUCGGACACUCUGCUGGACUGUGCGUUUGAACCCGUCUACUGGAUUGUGGACAAUGUGACCCGCUGGUUUGGAGUGGUGUUUGUCUGUCUAGUCGUAAUGCUCACGACCUCAGUUUUGGUCAUCGUCUACCUGUUCGUCCUUCCCACAAUCCUCAGCACUUACCCACUGCACUGGGUCAUCUGGCACCUCUGCUGUGGCCACUGGCUUCUUGUCAUGGUGGUCUUCCAUUACUACAAGGCCACCACCACCUCCCCAGGACACCCACCCAAGGACAAAAUGAAUAUUCCCUCAGUGUCCAUCUGUAAGAAAUGCAUCACUCCAAAACCUCCCAGGACACACCACUGUAGCAUCUGCAACAUGUGUGUUUUGAAGAUGGACCACCACUGUCCCUGGGUGAACAACUGUGUGGGCCAUUUCAACCACCGCUACUUCUUCUCCUUCUGCCUAUACAUGACACUGGGGUGCAUCUACUGCAGCAUCAGCAGCAGGGACUUGUUUAUGGAGGCCUACAGUGCCAUAGAGAGAUAUUAUCAGACUCCUCCACCAACCGAAGCCUUGAGUGAGACCGUCGCCUCCAAGAGUGUCAUCUUCCUCUGGGUGCUGACAAGCUCAGUGGCAGUAGCUCUGGGAGGACUUACCCUUUGGCAUGUCAUACUCAUCGGCAGAGGAGAGACCAGCGUGGAGCGGCACAUCAACCGCAAAGAGACCAAAAGACUACAGGAGAAGGGCAAGGUGUUCAGAAAUCCAUAUCAUCAUGGUAGAAUGAACAACUGGAAGGUACUGUUUGGUGUGGAAAAAAGGAGUCACUGGUUCACGCGGGUCCUCUUGCCCUCCAGUCAUCUUCCCAACGAAGACGGCAUCAUGUGGGACUGCACCUUCACCAGGAGAGACCCCAUGGCCAUCUGAGCCUCACCCUCUUACUCCACAUCAAAAGACUUUUAACAUGCAUUUACACUAAAAGCAACAGGACUGAUGUGUCAUACUCUUGUGACCAGCUAAGAAGAGAAGCUCCAACUUCAUCUGUUUUGAUCGCUGCUACGACCAUUUGAAACUUUGUCGUAAAUCAAGAGCUUUUUGCUGCAUUGGAACCACAUGGAUAUAACCACCUGUGACUCCUUUUCUUAGAAUCAGUUAUCAUUUCCCAGCUUUACACCUGCCACCAGUCGCCCUUGUACAGUAGGUCUAACUGUAGGCCAUGCCAGCAGCAGACUGCAGUGCUGUUGAUUCAUUUUCUGUAGAAUUGGUGCUGCUGGCCAGCAUCAUAGUCAAGACCAAACCCAUUUGUACCCAUUUGUAAAGACUCGACAAAAACUUUUUGUGCAUUUCUUGGACUGAAAAUCUUGCAUCAACACCACAGCCUCUUAAUUGUGUAAGAUAGAAGGAUGGGUGGGGGGGAUACGGCAGUAUGUGAGGAGAACAGCCGAGCAUGUUGUUACAGCAUCUUAAAGGUGCUAUGUGUUGCAUUUUCUAACAUCAAUACAGCACAUUGUAAACUUUAGCAUGAGUGGUAGCCGCCAUCUUAAUCCAGUUGUAUUGCUAGUGCUUUCAAAUUCAAACUGAAGUUGGUGUUGUUGUUUAAUUAGAUUUUUGGUUGAAGUAACUCAGUUUGACCACUAACAAUAUUAAAUUAAAGGGUUCCUUUGAAAUGUCUGUGAGCAGAGUGAUACGAGGCAGCAGAGAGGGAGGUUUUACAUUGUCUAUGUUCAAAUUGUUUAUUGCAGCUUUAAGACUAAAAUUCCCAGAUACUUUUUUGGGGGCUUUUACUCUGUUAACUUUACCCUAUUGAGCACCAUCUUCCUGAUUUCUGAUAAAAAAAACAAAUGCAGGACACCCCGGUAGCUCUCCUGGUAGAGGGUUCGAUUCCAGCCCGAGCCCUUUGCUACAUGUCGCUCGCUCUGCCUCUCCCCUGCCUUUCCUGUCACUCUAAAUAAUGCAGAAAUGCCAAAAAGGACUCAAAUGCAGAUGGUCUUCUAAGAGAAGGUGUCAUUUGUUUACAGUUUUAAUGUACUUGUGAUUCAUUCGUGAGAAAAUGCAAAACAUAACACCAUUAAUGCUGUAUUGAGCCUGGGCCUUGUUGCUUUUUUUAAGAGGUUUUUUAGUGUUGAUUGUAGUUUGUCCAUAGUAACUGUUUGUAUGUGUCUUGGGCAGAUUUGACAAAUCCAAAUUUUUCUUUAGGUGUGGAAGGAAAGUCCAGAUAAUUUCAAUAUUAAUUUUUGAUUUUGUUUGAUAAAUGUCCUGCGAUGAUUUAAAUAAUGUUAUUUUAAGAAAGGGAUUUAAGGUUUACUUUUCUGCUUGUUUACACCUGCAAUAUGUUGCUGUUGUGUUGUGUGCUGACGAGGUUGAGAACCACUGCUGUGAACUGAUGUUCUGGUGCCGAAGAAGAGCUAAAAACCAAGAGUUUGAUUCACUUGUCUUAAAUAUUUUCCUUACAUGCCACUGUAGGACAAAAUAACUAAUUUUUCUCACCUUUAACAUUUCAUUCUCAGAGACUGAUGAAGCCUGUGCCUUGUUUGGUUAUUCAGCCUUUUAAUAUGAGGCACUUUAAGUGAUUCAGGCACUGUGAAAUGUAAUUCCAAAUUUCACCCCAACAUGUUUAUACCCGUAACUUAGUGGUGGAUGAGUUGGAUCUGUAGUUGCCAUAGAAACAUGACGUACAGCUGUGAUAUCAUUUGUAACCAGUGGGAGCUGUGCUCCAGUUUGAUUUGUCUUUUUUAAUAAAAUACCUGUUUGAUAUUUCUUCA